CGCCAUCUACUUCCGUAAUUUGGCAACACGUUGAGAAAAAUCAAAACGUCAGUCAAGGAAUGAAUGGUCGAGUUGUGUAUGCUGUACGUACUUGGUGAAUAUGUGUAGAAAAUGUUUACUUGAGUGUGCCAACUUCUAGGAGCAAGUUUAUUGGGGCGGUGGUACACAGGACCAUGAUGUCACCAGCUCUGUUCCCUGACGCAACAGUGGGAGAUUUCCAAGUGAACGUAUUGUGAUAAUUUGACUUCAUGAUGAUGAUGUGUGAUUCUGUGAUAACCCUGAACGUAGGGGGCGUCCUCUACACCACGACCAAAUCAACGCUCAGUAAAUACCCCGACUCCAUGCUCGGAGCCAUGAUCAGUGGAAAGUUCCCAAUGACUAAAGACCAGCAUGGACAUUUGUUUAUUGACAGAGAUGGGCAGAUAUUUCGACAUAUAUUAAACUUUUUACGAUCUACACGAUUAGCAUUACCGACUCAAUUUUCCGAUUAUGACCUGCUUCUGGUUGAGGCUGACUUUUAUCAAAUAAGUCCGUUGAUUGACGCAAUAAACCAUGCUCUUGAAGACAAGUCUGAUAAACUAGAGUCCCAUUAUUUAGAAAUAAUUGAAAUGAGGACUGGACUGUCUGCGACAAUGCCAACAAACAAUUCUCGCAUUAAGACAGUGCUGUCUGGACGAAAGGACGUUAUUCUCACCCUCCCAGAACAGCUGAUUGGUGACGAGGCCAAAGAAAAGCUGCGAGAAAAAAACGGAAAUGAAUUUAUCGAAGUUGAACUUAAUUCAUCUAGUGUGAGGUUACGGUUCUGUGAAGUUUUAAAAAAUCGAGGCUGGGUGUUGAUUAACUCAGAUCUGUCCUCGUCCUCGGGGAUUUCCAGCUCCGUACAAGGCAAGCUUCAUCAUGAACAUAGUUACCGAGACCGAUGGAGGAUAGAUGUGUCACAGAGGACGUUGACCCCGGCGGUCAGUAAUGGGGACAUGAUUGAAGAAGAUCUGGAAAACUAGCCAACACCUUAAGUGCACUUGUUUUCAAGACUUUUGACAAUAAAGUUUUAUGAAUUUUU